AUGACGGCAUCUGGGGAUUGGGAUGUACAAGUCCUCCGAGAAUUUUUCGAGACAGAGGAUAUCCAUAGAAUUUUAGCAACUCCGGCGAAUAAACAUUUCAAAGAUUCUUGGAGAUGGCUAGGUGAUAUACGCGGCAUCUACUCUGUGAAACAGGGUUAUCAGUUGUUAACAAGUGGUGAGGCGAAUGCGUCUUACACUGGCCCUUUUUCUGCUUGGAGUAAGUUGUGGUCUCUCCCGGUUCCCCCUCGAACCAAACACUUACUGUGGCGGUGCGCGCGUGACAUCCUCCCGGUCCGCGAAAACUUGAAACUAAAGCAUGUGUGGAUUGGAGGUGGUUGCCCUUUAUGUUCAGCUCCUUAUGAAUCUAGUAGCCAUCUGUUUGGUGAAUGCUGGUAUGCUAAAGAUCUUUGGUGUCAAACUGACAUCCUACAGGGACUUUCUAUACAACAUGUUAUGCAGUCUAUUCUGAGCUUGUCGAGUACGACCAAAGCUGUGGAAAUGGCGGCUGUUUUUUAUGUCAUUUGGACAACGAGAAACAACCUUGUGUGGCAGAAUACCGCACCGUCCAUCGUGCGUAUGCGUAACCACGUUUCCCAUUUGCAGAAUCUCUGGGCGGAAGCUUACAGCAAACAACCGAGGGGCCUGACGCAAGCUGAUACAGAAGUGGCCUGGGAGCCUCCGAAUAGUGGCAAGCUAAAGUGCAACGUCGAUGCGGCUCUUUUCACGUCCGGGGCGGGUUUUGGAGCGGUGGUACGCGAUCACAUGGGUAGAUUCGUGGCAGCUCGAGGAGGUCGUUUUGAUGGCAUUCAAGAUCCGUUCAUGGCUGAAACCAUUGCAGUUCGGGAAGCUUUAUCUUGGUUAAAGACCCUUCAUCACCGGAGUUUUAUUAUCGAGUCUGAUUGUCUUAAUUUUUGUAACGCUUUCAAUUCAUGUUUUUCUGAAUUUUCGUAUGUUGGUACUAUUAUUGCGCAAUGCCGUGUACUUGCUAGUGAUAUUGGGGACGUUACCGUCUGUCAUAUUAGGAGAUCAUCGAACCAUGUAGCUCAUGCUUUAGCUCGGGCGACUGGCUCUAUGUCUGGCUCUCAGGUGUGGGAGAAUAUCCCACCUGCUUGUAUUUCUAAACUUUUUCAUCAUUAA